UUUUUCUAAUUUUUGACGAAUCGUAGAUGAGCAUUCCAGUCGGUAAUACAGGUUUUUACACCUGACAAAGUCGCUGGAAGAGUAACAAACCUCAAGAGACAGCCGAAGCUUCUCUACUACUGGAGAACAUUUAUUAAUAAAUAAAUGUGCAAUAAUAAUUGACAAUAAACAAUAAUGGACGGUCAUGGAGCAAAAAAAUCAGAGGUCAUUUUUCCCUCACGAUGAGCUCUCAAAAAUGGCCGUCAUUUUACGUCUCCACACAUACGAGACACUUCUACAGGAAUUUUCUUUCCUCUGUCCUCACAUAUGUUAUAGCCCCAGUAAACGUCGCACCUCGGUGGUCACGUCAUCGUCUGAAAAUAAUCAUUAAACCGUGUCAAGAAAAUUUCCUCGGUAUCGACAGUUGUCUCCCAACAUCCCUCGUAAUACUCCCAUCAUUCGGAAUAAACCCUUCUAAAAUGGAUAAAGCGAAGCUGAAUACGUCUAACCUGGAGCUUCCACCCCUCCGUACUCUGGACGACUUCGUCCUCGAAUCAGCUCGCUUCCAAAUUCCCAACUUCCGAGACCUGGACAAGUGGAACAAUAGAGUUGUUCAGAAUCUCCUGUACUACCAGACCAACUACUUCUUCAUGGCUAUCAUAAUUUUUUUCAUUGUUGGGUUAAUUCACCCCGGCAAAAUGCUACUGGGGAUGAUAGCCAUGGCUGUGGUGCUUGUGAUUUUUGCGUAUGUGUCGACUGAGGGAAGAGCAGUGUAUAAUUUCAAGAAGAAGAAUCCCAUGGCUGGGCUGAUUGUUAUUGUCUUGGGAACAGCCUUUGUUGCUUAUACACUUGGCUCGCUCCUUGUCUUCCUCGUGGGCAUUCUCUUGCCUUUUUGUGUGACCUUCAUCCACGCCUCCUUGAGACUGAGAAGCAUCAAAAACAAAGUGGUGAACAAAAUCGAAGGAAUCGGACUGAAACGCACUCCCAUGGGUGUCUUCUUGGAGCAGCUUGACGACUCGUUAACGCAAUUGUUUACAAAACUUGAAUCAUACGAAAAUGAAGUUAAUUCUGAUGAUGACGAGAGGCGAGGAAAAAAUAAGACAGAUUAGGUAAUAGAAAUUGAAAUGGUUUAAGCAGUUGAUUACCAUUGCGUUAACCCACUAGUGAAGUGGUAAAAAUGAGAAUUGGGAUUUUACAAUUGAGUAAAAUGAUGAGUAAUAAUGGUAAAUAAUAAUGAAUCAAAAAAAACGUAGAAUUGCCACAUUUAAUAGUUUUAUUAAAUUAAAUAUUCCAAAAUAGAUUGAUUUCCCAUCUUAUUUUACCAUUUUGUUAUUGAUAAAUCCUAACACUUCACUAUUGAUCUCUCAACUAUCACUCACAAAUCUAAUUAUUUUACUUCACUCUUUUUUUUCGGUUUCACAUGGUACAGACGACGUUAGCGGCAUUAGAUUACGAGCUCAACCGAGCAACACCCUAAAACCACAUCAUUAAUCAGCUUCAAGCACACAAAAUCGUCUAUCACUUCCUGCAAGAAUUAUAUUUAUAUUUUCGUUCAUAUUUUCGCUGCUGCUUGAUGCAGAACUGUUCGUGGUGAGACACUGUUAGUUGAGAUACUCUGGCUCCAAAUAAUGCUUCAAUUGAUCCAUAGAUUGUGAUAACAGUGAUACUAAUGCAGGCAAAUUUAUUGAAAAAUCGCGUGAAAACUUUAGUCCAGCCUGGAACAAUAUUUUUUUGAGGUUAUGUUUAUAAAUUUGUGUUUUUCCAAUUAACUAUUGAAUUUACUGUCAGAAUGUACAUAGCACGAAUCGAAUGUUUAAUGUGUUGUACACAUUUUAUUGAAAUUAUUAUUCAUUAUGUGAUGUUACUUAUUAUAAUUAAUUAUUAUACCAAAUAAAUGCAAAUUAUUUGUACGAGUUUAAAUAA